AACUUAUAUUAUUCUUAUAAAUUAAUAUUUUAUUCGUGGACGAGAGAUAAUGUUUAUAUCGAGCGCGACAUAAAUUAUUGUACCGACAAAAACAUUGAAUUGAAUUAAUUGGCUAAUUUUUAUUCGCAAAAAAAGAUUUUUUUCUCACUAUUAGGUUAUGUGUAUCUAUUGCGCAUUACAUAAAUUUCCCGCCAUAUGAUACUCCGCGCUCCUGCGCAGAAUGUUGAUCUUAACCUUAUCUGACAGUGAGAUCUGACAGAGAGAUAAAAGUACUUACAACGUGUUAGAUUGUGCGGAUUGCUCGUUGAAUUUAUUUUAUACAGUGAUUUCCGACGAUGUUGAUUUAAAUAGUUUCUUAUCGUUGAUUGAUUCUUUUUUUUACAUGUUACAUGCGACUUCCGGAUUUUUAGAGGUAUCAACUACAAUAGAUCAUGAUGCAAACUACAAUAGAUCAAUUUUAUAAAAUUACAAGUAGCAAUAAGAAACCUGCAAGUGUAAAAAAUAUCGAGAAAUCAUCUAAUCAUAAAAGUCCAAUAGUUCAAAAAAAAGAAAAACGAUUAUCGAGAAAAUUGAAAACUUUUUCUGUACAUGAAAAUAUCAAGCAAAGUCCAUGCAAAAUAAAUAGAAAACAAGGAAUGCAAAAUGAUGUUUCAUUAAGUGAUGAGGUAUAUUGUUUGUCAAAGAUUGAUGUGAAAAACAGUCCUAAAAUGGCAACUAAACCAAUGAUAUCGCCAACAUAUGCUAUUGAAUACACUUCUCCUACCAAUAAAAAACAUACUCUUGCAUCCAAUAGUGGCUCAAAAUUUAGUCCAAAGACAUCAUCUCCAAUUAAAAACGCACUGAACGAGUCACAAAGACAUGCAAAAUUAGCACGAAGGAAAUUGUUCAAAGAUAAAACUGAGGAGUUACUUUCUAAGAUGAUAGAUAAUUUGAAUUUAGCUAAAGAAGGAGCCAUUGCUAAUAAUGAUAUUAAUUUGGAGAAAGUUUAUUCGAGUGGAACAUUUAGCUACAAAUAUAAUUCUAUAGAUACUUCAGCUUCAACGAGAUACGAAAUUAACGAUGUAAUCAUACCUGUAGAUACGUAUGCGCUACAUUUCUUUUCAGUCAUUGUUACCGUAUUUUCCAAUCCAAUUAAUUGCGGAUAUUUUGACGAAGACGAAUUAGAUUUUAUAUUUUCGUUACUUACUCUUUCAAGAAACGCGCAAGCAUUGCUGAUACGUAUGUUAAAAAGAAAACAUAUGUGGCACAGGAUAAGUCACAUUAAAUACGACGAAAUAUCCAAUGAUUUAAAACCAAUUUUUGAUGAGCUUGUAUCACGAUCCAUUUUCAAAAGUAGCACAGAAGAAGAAGAUGUAUCGGUUUUGCUGAAUUUGCUACAAGUCGACGAAAUUCGCAAGAUCUGUCAAGAAUUGAAAAUAAAUUGUAGUAAAAAGAAAGAAAAUGUACAAUCAAUUCUAAAAUUUAGCAACCAGACAAAGUCAUUAUUCCCCGGGAUGCCGAAUCCCGCUAAUAAAUUACGCGCGUCGGUCAACAAGCGCUUAGGAUCUUGCGUAUUAUUAAACGUAAAAAUGAAACAAAUGGUUGAUAGAAUAAUUACAUUGCUGAUACCAAAUCGAGAUCCCACUGAAACUUUGUCGGAUGUAUUCUUAAUGAUACUAAGAGUCGAAACAAAUCAGAUAAAGUUUCCGGAAGUAACAAUAAGUGAAUUUCCUAUCUUUGCUAGUAAAGGACAUCUGUUAGAUUAUAUUGAAGCUAAAAAUACAUUAUCUGAUAUCUUGAAUGCAAUUGAGAAGAAACAAUGGGAUGUCGUACGAAAUCUUGGAUCUUUGGCCGCGCAACGUUUACUACUCUUCUUAGAAGUAGAAACAGAAUGUCUUCAAGAUUCCAUAUUGCCUCAUCACAUUAAAUGUUUUAUGCCAGGUUACUUAUGGUUCAAAGUUUUGUCUAAAAGCAUUGACGCAUUUAAAAAGUCUAAGGAGACAAUGCCACAAGCAAUAGAAAUCUUGCGAACGUUAAUAGAUCAAGAUCAUCAUAUGAAGAGUAAAAAAGGAUUAUGGUUCAAUGAAUUGAUCAAGAUAGAAAUGCAUCAUAUGAAGAAUAUUGAUGGCAGUGUCGCGCUACUAUCGGAAGCAGUAUCAUAUAAGGAUUUGACAGAAGUUGAUAGAUUAGAUUUGUUGGACAGAGCAGAGAUGCUCGUUAGGAGAAAAACUAUCAGUAAAUGUGCAAAAGCUACAGUUAGACAUAUAUUAGACAAUAUGCUCGACAAAGUACGACCAACAUCUCAGAUGUGUUCUAUUACAAUAGAAGGAAUGUUAUGCGGGAAUGUUUUGCAGAGAAAAAGCACUUGGUGUAUCAGUAACAGCAUAGAUCAACAAAUGUAUGGUACAGUCGAAAGUUUUGCGCUAUAUCAAUACAAAUGCAAAGGAUAUCCCAAAGGUGUACACUGUGAAGGUGCCUUUCCGGUUACCCUAUUUGCCAUAUUGUUUUGGGACGAAAUUUACAAUAUGAAUAUUCCCGGCACUUGCGUAUCAUCGUAUCAAAACGCACCGUUAGAUUUAUACUCAUCGGAAUUUUACAAGAAUAGAAAAGAGCGGAUAGACAUGAAGAUUCAAAUCAUUCGAACAUUUGAUUCGGAAACAUUGAGCAGACAUUUGAAACACGAAUUUGAUUUAUAUCGCGGAUAUACCUCUCUCUGUCAAGGCACUCUUUUUGAUGACAGUAACAGCUUUCAGGAGAUAGCAUUUUGUUUAGGGGUGGAAGGAAUUGUUGGUAUUUGUGAACGACUUAUUCAUAAUUACCGACUCUGGAGAGCUGGCUUUCCAGAUUUAAUUGUAUGGAAUGCAAGUACAAAACAAUACAAAAUUGUAGAAGUAAAAGGUCCAGGCGAUUCAUUAUCAACCAAACAAAAAUUAUGGUUGGAUUACCUGAAUCAUCUCGGAUUAAAUACAGAAGUGUGCUAUUGUAAGUCUAAUACGAGUCAUACUAAAAGCGGACGUAAACGCAAACACGAAGAAAUUAUGACGUAACGUCAUAAAGUAAUCAUAAGGUGCUUGAGAAAGAGAAUAUGCAUGUAUAAAAAAACAUUACAUUUUAUAUUAUUGUAUGAUAUUUUAUUUUACAUAAUUAUAAUUUUUUUCUGUAUCUUAAUUUAGGAUGUGAAAAACUUAUAACAAAUUCGGUUGGAUGCACUAAUGCACAUUGGUAUACAUUAAAGACUGUUUUAGAUAAAUUUACAAUAGCAUAAAUAACUAAAACAGUAAGAUAAUUUUAUGAGUUAUAAAUAUCGAUACUCUCGUAGGAAUAAUAAUAUAUAAUAAUCUGUAGUAUUAAUUAUCUUACUGUUUUAAAAUUAUGCUAUAAAUUUAUAUACUACAACCUUUAAUGUGUACUAGUGUGCGUUGGUGCAUCCAACUGAAUUCGCUGUUAGUCAUGGAACUUUAUUGAGAAAGUAUUUUGUAUAGCAAUCAAUUUAAAUUAAAAAGAGAGAAGUUGAUAAUAUAUACUUACUGCAUUUGUUUCGUGGCUGGUGUUUCUUCUAUGUUGAA